UUUAUAAAUUGCCGCAAAUUUUUAGCAUGAAAUCAAAAAAAAAAAAUGUAGAUGAAAGCAAAAAAAAUUAUCUAACAUGGUUACAUUGUUAGUAUAAUAUUGCUAUUAUAUUUUGUUGUAAUAAGUGUGGCUGACAUAAGAACGACUGUUACAUUUCAACUUUGCUUUGAAGUAUUUGCAUCUAUUUGUCUGACAUUUUUAUUGGGUGCUGAAUAGUCGCAUUUAUUAAUACCUUGACAUUCACACUUUGAUUGAAAUUUAACAGCUUUAAUGUUUCUAAGACCUUUCCUCAUUUAAAUUAAAGCCUUCUUAAGAUAAAAAGCUUUAGCUACAAAAGUCAAAACUGAUUUCUUAAAUGUUUUCCAUUCAAGAUUCAUCCUUUCGCUGCUAUACAGUAUCAAAUCAUUUUCAUCGUGAUCAAGUAUAGUUCUAAGUAAGUUUCUGGAAUCUCAAAAACCACGCUCUAUUAAAGAAAAUGAUGAAACAGCUUAUGAACCAUUUGCAUUUAUAUUUUGGACUCUACUCAUGCAUAUUUAUUUUUUUGUUUGCUUUUAUAUGCUACAGCAAUACGCUGAGCUCAGAGUUUGUCUAUGACGACACGCGUGCUAUUUUGGCCAAUCAAGAUCUGCUACCAUCCAAGCCUUGGCAUAACUUACUAUUCAAUGACUUUUGGGGUACACCUUUAUCACAUAGUGGUAGUCAUAAAUCAUAUCGUCCUGUCUGUGUAUUUUCAUUUCGACUUAAUUAUUUAUUUGGUCAAUUGAACCCAUGGGGUUAUCAUCUUGUAAAUGUUAUACUUCAUGGAAUUGUAUCAUGUUUGUUUACAUAUUUUUGUUUGUUGUUUUACAAUAAAAAAUGGGUUGUUUUACUUGGUGGCCUAAUGUUUGCAGCACAUCCUAUACAUACAGAGGCAGUUGCUGGCAUCGUUGGAAGAGCUGAUGUGGGAGCAGCCCUAUUUUUUUUACUUUCAUUAAUUUGUUAUAUUAAAGCAUCAAAUGGUUAUUUCAGUAAAAAUAUCUUAUGGUUUUGUUUGAGUUUAUUAUUUUCUCUUCUUGCCAUGUUUACUAAGGAGCAAGGUAUAACUGUAUUGGGUUUAUGUAUUGUUUUGGAAAUCCUGAUUGUGUCAAAAUGCAAUAUUGCUCAGCCUUCUAAAGUAUUUGAGAAUCUCAGGACAUCAGGUGGUCAUAUACGGUGUUUAUUUUUAACUAUAUGGAGUGUAGCAGUUUUAUACCUUCGUUUUUUGAUCAUGCAAAACACUCUCCCUGAAUUUUCUAACUCUGAUAAUCCUGCUGCCAAUGACCCAAAUAUUUUGACAAGGUUCUUUACCUUCAUGUAUCUGCCGUUUUGCAACUUAUAUUUAUUAUUUUUUCCAUGGCAAUUGAGUUAUGAUUGGUCCAUUGAAGCUAUACCUUUGGUUGAGAAACUAGUAUGCUGGGAGAAUGUUUGUUCAAUUUUAAUGUACUCGUCUCUGAUAUAUAUACUUUGGUUUUAUCUUAGAUGUUUUCAUUUACUCUUAAAGAAUAAGAAUAAUCAAAAUGUAAAUAUAUUUGACCUCAUGAUUUUUGGACUUGCGGUCAUGAUUAUUCCAUUUUUACCGGCCUCAAAUUUAUUUUUUUAUGUUGGAUUUAUUGUUGCUGAACGUGUUCUGUAUAUUCCAAGUAUUGGAUUCUGUUUUCUUUUUGUUAAUGGGUUGUAUUUAAUGGUUCAUGUAAAAAAACAACCAAGAUGGCUAUAUGCAACAGUUGUGUUAUCUUUAAUUUUUGCAUUGCAAACAUAUCAACGAAACAUUGCAUGGAAAGAUGAAGAGAAUUUAUACAGAUCUGGUCUAGUAUUGAGUCCAGCAAAAUCCUACUUAAAUCUUGGUAAUGUUUUGAAUGCCAGAAACAAAACUAAAGAAGCUGAACAAGCAUAUCGUACAGCAUUAAAAUUUAGAAGCAAUAUGGCAGAUACUCACUACAAUCUAGGUAUUUUGCUUCAAAAUGAACGCAGAUAUAAGGAAGCUAUUUAUUCAUAUAAAGAAGCUAUAAAGUACAGGCCUCGUUUAGCUACAGCACAUUUAAAUCUUGGAGUAACUCUUAUGUCCUUAAAUUUAAAUCAUGAUGCUUUAAAGGUGUUUCAGAAUGCAUCGAAUUUGAGUGAUCAUGGUCUGAAAGAUCCUGGAAAUCAUGCUAUAUCUUUGACUCAUAUACGUUAUAAUGCUGGACGAAUCUUGUUUAAUCUCAGAAAUACACAGGAUGCUAUCAAAUGGUUCAAUGAAGCAUUAGCUGGUAUGCCUGAUAAUUAUGAACCUCAAAGCAUCUUUAACAUGUUGGGUCAAGCAUACUCAGAUCUGAAAAAAUAUAAAGAGGCAGAAUAUUAUUUUUUAAAAGCAUUAGAGUUUAAAGGUGACCAUGUUCCAGCAUUGCUAACAUAUGCACAACAUUUAGUUUCUGUGGUCAAAGACUACACCAAAGCUGAGCAAUAUUUUAAAAAAGCUAUUUUCCUUGAUCCUGAUCGAGUUGAAUCUUAUCAAAUUUAUGGUCGCGCUCUUGUUAGUCAAAGUAAGUUUGAUGAAGCUCUAUUAGCAUUGAAAAAAGCAUUGCAAAUUCUUCCACGAGAUGAAGACAGUCUAUCAAUUAUUAGCAGCAUUUACAGGGAAAUGAAAGACUAUGAAAAUGCUUUAUAUUAUCAACUACAACUCAAUGAUAUAAAAUCAAACGAUGCAAUUGCUUUACUUAACCUUGGAGCGUUGUAUCACUUGAUGGGAAGAUUGAAAGAUGCUAAAAAAUCUUAUGCUGACGCUUUGAAGUUAGAUCCAACAAACCCUAUACUGUUGGAGAACAUAAAAAAACUAGAAAAGAUAACAAGAGUGUAAAAUAAUUUAUUAAAAUUUUUGUAAAUUA